AUGUUCGCCUUGAGAUCAACGGCUCGACGAGCCUGGGGCUUUCGUGCUUGCACACAUCCUCGCUACGUCUCCACACUCGAUGGCAAUCCUCACAUUUAUAUUUUCCCCAGUGACGGCCCAUCAGGAUCUCACGUCCUCUCACUUUUACCAACUGAGCCUGUGAACUCAAAGCUCGCAAUUGGAAUAACGUCAAAGUUGCCAAUAACAACUGAUUCGGUCCGCGAGAAUCCCAAAUUCUUGGAUAUCCUUCAAGAUGUCUUCUCGAAGCAUGCACACGAGGACCCCGAUGCCCAAUCGCAGGCGCAAGUCAUGGUAUCAACAGCUGGCGCAAACUUGUACUCUGGAGGCGUACUACAAGCCAACAAGCGCAAAAGUAAAAGACGCGCCGAUGCGUCAGAUUCAAGUGGUGGUGCCAGUGGCCAAGGCGGAGUUGGAUCAGCUGGUCGAGGCGGCUGGAUUCAUAUUUCUGAUGCCAGGCGGCCUCCUGACUAUGGCCGUAUUGCAUGGCCGGAAGACAUCUUUGGAAGUCUUGAGGUGGAUGCAGAGGGUCAGUUUGUUGGUGGCGAUGGCAAUUAUCAACCAAGCGGUAAGAACGACCUUUAA